UUCCCAAUCGCCCCUUUUCCCCCAAUCCCCCAUUCCCACCGGCCCGGUUUUCCCGGUUUUCCCAGGGAGCUGGCGCAGCGCUUCGCCGUGUCCGAGCUGCCAUCCGUGGUGGUGCUGAAGCCGAGCGGCGCCGUCCUGGUGGGAAACGCCGUGCGGGAAAUCCGGGAGCUGGGAGCCGCCUGCUUCCACAUGCGGGAAGCGGCCGAGCUGCUGGACCGCAACUUCUGCCCGGCCGAGGAUUCCGAUGGAUCCGCGGCCCGGAGCCUCACGGAGCCGCUGCGGCGCCUCAAGUACCGCGUGUGGUCCCGGGAUGAUGAGGAGGAGGAGGAAAAGGAAGAGGAGGAAAAGGAAGAGGAAAAGGAAGAGGAAGAGGAGGAAAAGGAAGAGGAGUAGCGGAUUCUGGGAUGGAUCCAACAGGAAAUCCACCCAAAAUCCCAGUGAUUUUCCCAAAAAUAAAGGAAAAGGAAGAGGAAGAGGAGGAGGAGGAGGAGGGAAGAGGAGGAAGAGGAGGAGGAAGAGGAGGAGCGGAUUCCGGAUGGAUCCAACAGGAAAUCCGUCAAAUUCCCGGUGAUUUUCCCCAAAAUAAAAGAAAAGGAAGAGGAAGAGGAGGAGGAAGAGGAGAAGAGGAGUAGUGGAUUCUGGGAUGGAUCCAACAGGAAAUCCGUCAAAUUCCCGGUGAUUUUCCCAAAAAUAAAAGAAAAGGAGGAGGAGGAAGAAGGAGAGGAGGAAGAGGAGGAAAAGGAAGAGGAGUAGCGGAUUCCAGGAUUGAUCCAACAGGAAAUCCGUCCAAAUCCCGGUGAUUUUCCCAAAAAAAAGGAAGAGGAAGAGGAGGAGGAAGAGGAGUAGCGGAUUCCGGGAUGGAUCCAACAGGAAAUCCGUCCAAAAUCCCGGUGAUUUUCCCAAAAAAAGGAAGAGGAAGAGGAGGAGGAAGAGGAGGAGCGGAUUCCGGGAUGGAUCCAACAGGAAAUCCACCCAAAAUCCCGGUGAUUUUCCCCAAAAAUAAAAGAAAAGGAAGAGGAAGAGGAGGAGGAAGAGGAGUAGCGGAUUCCGGGAUGGAUCCAACAGGAAAUCCGUCCAAAUCCCGGUGAUUUUCCCAAAAAUAAAGAAAAGGAGGAGAAGAGGAGGAGGAGGAGGAGGAAGAGGAGGAGCGGAUUCCAGGAUGGAUCCAACAGGAAAUCCGUCAAAUUCCCGGUGAUUUUCCC